CAACAAAACUAAUCCAAUCAACACCCUGCCAUCGCGAAAGUGGACUUUAUCUUUCGGAUCUCUACCAAUGACAGACGAACUUCACUUGAUGAACAAGUGGCUGGACCAAUCGCCUGGGCGCAUAGCGGACUUGAGAGCACCGCUAUACCAAUAAAGAACCAACAUCCAGAGGCGGGCGGGAAGGGAAAGAGUGCGUGCUUGUGGGCGGGGCCCGUUAGGGAGUAGCGUGGCUCUGAGCCAAUCGGCAGAUGGGUAUCCGGGGCAACAGGCCAAUGAGGGGGCCGGCUAGGCGGCGGCGGCUGUAUGUGAAAGUGUGGAGCGGCUGCGGAGGGAAGAGAGAAGAUGAGAGAGAUGCCCCUCUGAGCUCCAGAGAUAGUACUAACUCAGUUCAGUCAAGAAGGAGAUGUUAGACAGCUGGACCAUUCUGGUACCUGUUUCUUGUGCAGUGAUAUCCACAGCGGGAAAGUGUGACUGGCUGGGGUUUUUAGUGGUGUUCCCUUCUUCAGUGAAAGGAAAGAAGUCACCAAAGGAACACAAAGGCUCCUAUGUGUGAGCAGCAUAAAAGAGAAGUGUUAGGAGCUGCUCUUAACCCUUUGGAGUCGGAAGAGAAAAGGGAACUAGAGGGCUUGACUUCUCCUUUACCUCCUGCAUUUACUCUGACCACAGUCCCUCCCUGUUCUCACAAGUGGAGCUCAGCCCUGCUUCCCUUCCUGUUGAUUCCCAGUCAGCUACGUGACUGCCUGAAGUUAAAUUUUAGAUGCUGAAAUCACUGCACCUUAAAAACAAAAAGAUUAAGCUGCACUGCAUUCCUCAGGCCGAGCUGACUCACUGCUGUUGACUCCAUGACCUGCUUCCCAUUUCAACCGCCACCUGUUUAAAAAGUUUAGUAGCUGACAUUGUAUCCCCUGGGAUCGUCUGAGCAGUGGACCAGUAAAAAGCAAACCAAAAGCAGUGGCUGGCACUUUUCCUCUACGUUGCGAGAGAGAGAGAAUUGGCUGGAAUUGCUUUCCAUAUAGCCGGCUUGAAAUUCAGCAUUGAAAAGAUCCUUGGCGAUCAGUUUGUGCUCUUCUCCUGAAGGAACCUUUUCUGUGUCUCAUAUGAGGAAACUGAGGCACAGCGAGUUUUGAGUGACUUGUCCAAAUUCACACAGCAAAUCGUUGGCAGAGCCAGGAAGAUAACUUGGGAAUCCUGGAUCACAGGCCCACGCUCUAACCACUAGGCCACGCUGCCUCUCCAAAUGAGGAGAUAGUAGCAACAAACACCACAUUCCUUAUGUGUUCAAAGACACCUGAUCUCCACCUUUGGUGCCUCACAGCAACCUGAGUACAGACACAGCCUCUCUCUGUCCCCUGCCCCAAUGAAUGUCUGCACUAGGGCCAAGGCUUGGAGUGAUUUACCUGAAGAGUGACACCAUUUGGAAACCACUGAAGAAACCCAAGACAGCUGAAAACCAGAAGGCGUCUGAGGAGAAUGAGAUUACUCAGACGGGUGCAAGCAGCGCCAAGCCAGGCCUUCCCUGCCUGAACCUUGAAGCUGUUCCGCCUCUGAGCCCAGCCCUCACCCACUCAUCACAGUCACCAACAAACCUGCCCGCACACACAGGGUCAUCUGACUGUAACAUCAGUUGCAAGGGGAUGACAGAGCGCAUUCACAGCAUCAACCUUCACAACUUCAGCAAUUCUGUGCUCGAGACCCUCAACGAGCAGCGCAACCGUGGCCACUUCUGUGACGUGACGGUCCGCAUCCACGGGAGCAUGCUACGCGCCCACCGCUGCGUGCUGGCGGCUGGCAGCCCCUUCUUCCAGGACAAGCUGCUGCUGGGGUACAGCGACAUCGAGAUCCCCUCAGUGGUGUCAGUCCAGUCCGUGCAAAAGCUCAUUGACUUCAUGUACAGUGGGGUGCUGCGGGUCUCACAGUCAGAGGCCUUACAGAUCCUCACAGCUGCCAGCAUCCUGCAGAUCAAGACUGUGAUUGACGAAUGCACAAGGAUCGUCUCGCAGAAUGUGGGGGAGGUCUACCCAGUGAUUCAGGACUCUGGGCAGGAGACGCCCAGGGGGACCCCCGAAUCGGGCACCUCAGGGCAGAGCAGUGACACAGAGUCUGGUUACCUGCAGAGCCACUCGCAGCACAGUGUGGACAGGAUCUACUCGGCUCUCUAUGCCUGUUCCAUGCAGAAUGGCAGUGGGGAGCGCUCCUUCUACAGCGGAGCAGUGGUCAGCCACCAUGAAACGGCCCUGGGGCUCCCCAGAGACCAUCACAUGGAAGACCCCAGCUGGAUUACACGGAUCCACGAGCGCUCACAGCAGAUGGAGCGGUACCUCUCCACCACUCCAGAGACCACACACUGCCGCAAGCAACCACGCCCAGUCCGGAUCCAGACCCUGGUGGGCAACAUCCACAUCAAACAGGAGAUGGAGGAUGACUAUGACUACUAUGGCCAGCAGAGGGUGCAGAUCCUGGAGCGUAAUGAGUCUGAGGAAUGCACUGAGGACACUGACCAAGCAGAAGGCACUGAGAGUGAGCCCAAGGGGGAGAGUUUUGACUCUGGAGUCAGUUCCUCCAUUGGGACUGAGCCUGAUUCCAUGGAGCAGCAGUUCAUGGCUAACCUGGGCCGAGAGGGUCAGCAGGAACCUUCCCAGGCAGAGCAAAAUGAAGUCCCUGCUGAAGGCACACAGACCCAGCCGCAACACCUAGAUGCCAACACUUCCUCGCCAGACAGAAGCAAUGACAUUGAAAUGGACAGCAAAGUGCUCACUGUCAGUAACAACAGCGAAAAGGGGGCCUUGCAGCCUUCUGUCAACACAACAGUUGCCCAACCAUUGCCAAGCACCCAGCUUUACUUACGCCAGACAGAAACCCUCACCAGCAAUCUGAGGAUGCCGCUGACCCUGACCAGCAACACACAGGUCAUUGGCACAGCUGGCAACACCUACCUGCCCGCCCUCUUUACUACACAGUCUGCUGGCAGUGGACCUAAACCUUUCCUUUUCAGCCUGCCCCAGCCCUUAGCUGGCCAACAGACACAGUUUGUGACAGUGACCCAGCCUGGCCUGUCAACCUUUACUGCCCAGCUGCCAGCCCCACAGCCCUUGGCCCCAUCUGCGGGCCACAGCACAGCAGGGGGACAGGGUGAAAAAAAGCCUUACGAGUGCACUCUCUGCAACAAGACUUUCACCGCCAAACAGAACUACGUCAAGCACAUGUUUGUACACACAGGUGAGAAGCCCCACCAAUGCAGCAUCUGUUGGCGCUCCUUCUCCUUAAAGGAUUACCUAAUCAAACACAUGGUGACACACACCGGCGUGAGGGCCUACCAGUGCAGCAUCUGCAACAAGCGCUUCACCCAGAAGAGCUCCCUCAACGUGCACAUGCGCCUCCACCGUGGGGAGAAGUCCUACGAGUGCUACAUCUGCAAGAAGAAGUUCUCCCACAAGACCCUUCUGGAGAGGCAUGUGGCUCUGCACAGUGCCACCAACGGCACGACCGGCGCAGCAGGCACCGGCACCAGGGCUGUCCCUGCCGGGGUGGUGGCCUGCACGGAGGGGACCACGUACGUCUGCUCUGUCUGUCCAGCUAAGUUUGACCAAAUCGAGCAUUUCAACGACCACAUGAGGAUGCAUGUGUCAGACGGAUAAGUAGAAUCUCUGUCUCUUUGUUAUGAACAAAAAAAAAAUAGAAACAACAACAAAAAAGCUAUGGCACUAGAAUUUAAGAAAUGUUUUUGUUUCCUUUUUACCUUUUUCUUUCUUCCUUUUUUUCUUUAUUUUUAGUUUCGUUGUUUUUGUACUACAUGAAGAACUGUUUUUUGCCUGCUGGUACAUUACAUUUCCGGAGGCUGGGUGAAUAAUAGUUUUCCCGACCUCCUUUGGAUGGUGGCCUUAAGGCCAGGUAGUGCUUCAGGAGCUCCACUGGUUGGAUCUCUAGCUACUGGCCUCUAAAUACAACCCUUCUUUACUACAAAAAAACAAACAAAAAAAUAACAAAAAAAAAUCUUUUUUUUUUCUCACUUGUGAAGAGCACUACAAAAAAACAAAACAAGAGUAUAUUACGAAAUCUACAAGGCCUACUGUCGUUUUACGUACACCGCUUGCAGUGUUUCAAUGGACGUAAUUCACAAUUCUGACCGCUCUCGGACUUCACAGUAUCCAGUUAGAACUGUGGAAUAUAUCACUACUGGUUGAACAACAACCAGACGAAACAAGGCCCUACUGGUUUCCACCAUUUGUCUGCUUUAUCUCUCUCUCUCUCUCUCUCUCUCUCACACACACACACACACACACACACACACACACACACUCACUCUAAAAGGGCUGAGGAGAGGGCAAGGGAGUUUGGGUUGGAUGGUGCGGUGUCCCUUCAGGAUCAGGAAUAAGAAUCACACCUUCUUCUCCUGGAUUCUGCUCCAUCCUAUGCUCUUAAGCUCACCCGCCCGUCCCGCUUUCCCCUCACCACAAACACCACCUUUCAGCAGACACCAGGAAGAUUCAGACAACAAGCAACGGUGGCUUUCUUUUGUAAUUUAUUCAGUGUCUUCGCUGAGCCCAGAGCCUCAGCACAAUCAAGAGGGACUUUCACGGAAGGCAAAGAGAAACGCAGAAGAAAAACAAAUAUAGAGGUUUGCAACCUGUGAAUCAAGGUACAAGAGAAGGAUUCGU